AUGAUGAUCAUUUUCGAGAGCCAAAGUUUGAUUGUGAAUGCACUUUGUGUUUUGUUGUGCAUUGUGGUAUUGAGAUGGCUGUUAAAUUUAAUAAACUUUGUUUGGUUUACGCCCAAAGGUUUAGAGAAAUCGCUUCGACAACAAGGUCUUGUUGGAAACUCGUAUCGAUUUUUGAUUGGAGACAUGAAGGAAGCCUCCCAAUUGCGUAGUGAAGCUAUGGUGAAACCCAUUCGUUUUACUCAUGAUUAUUACCAUCGUAUUCAACCCUUACUCCAUCGACUUCUUACCAAAUCUGGUUCAAAUUGUUUCAGUUGGAUGGGGCCUGUGCCAACAAUACUUGUUACACAGCCUGAGCAAAUAAAGGAUGGAUUCAAUAGGAUGAACGAAUUUCGAAAACCAAAAUUAAAUCCACUUAUUCAAACAUUUUCGCCUGGACUUGUACAUUAUGAAGGCCAUCAAUGGGCUAAACACAGGAAAAUUCUCACCCCUGCAUUUCAUCUCGAUAAGCUAAAGCCUAUGCUCCCAGCAUUUGAAACUAGUAUCAUUGAAACAAUAAACAACUGGGAGAAGAUAGUUUUUAAAACAGGUUCUUCAGAAAUAGAUGUUUGGCCGCACUUUACGAAAUUAACUGCAAACGCCAUAUCCCGAGCUGCGUUUGGUAGAAGCUUUGAGGACGGCAAAAGGAUAUUUGAACUUCUCACAAAGCAAAAGGAACUUAUUAUUCGUCUUAUCAAAUAUGCUUAUAUCCCAGGAUGGAAAUAUUUGCCAACAAAAGGCAAUAAGAGGAUGGAUGAAAUGAAUGCCGAAAUAAAAAUUCUAUUGAAGACGGUAAUCAACACAAGAAAGAAAACAAUGGAAGCCGGAGAACCGGCCAAAGAUGACUUGUUGGGGAUACUCUUGGAUUCAAAUUCUAAAGAGGCUAAACAAUUGAGUGAGAGUGAGAGUGAAAGUAGUAGUAAGAAACGCCUUGAUCUUGCAAUGAGCUUCGAAGAGGUGAUCGACGAGUGCAAGUUAUUCUUCUUAGCUGGCCAAGAGACUACCUCAGUGUUGCUAGCAUGGACUAUUGCUUUGUUAGGAAAGCACCAAGAAUGGCAAACACGAGCUCGUGAAGAGGUUCUUGCUACGUUUGGCAUGAACCACCCUGACUAUGAUGGCUUAAAUAGUCGUUUAAAGAUAGUGACAAUGAUAUUGUAUGAGGUGCUAAGGUUGUAUCCGUCUAUAGUUGCUACUUCAAGAAAGGUGUACGGUUGUGAGACAAGAUUAGGUGAUUUGGUUAUACCACCCGGGGUGGCAGUUUCUUUUUCAAUACUCCAUGCUCAUUUGGAUCCCGAAGUUUGGGGUAAAGAUGUCAAAGAAUUCAAACCAGAAAGAUUUUCAGAAGGGAUUUCAAAGGCAACUAAGGGAAUCAAUUCGUACUUCCCUUUUGGUUGGGGACCUCGGAUUUGUAUUGGUCAAAGUUUUGCACUGAUUGAGGCUAAAAUGGCAUUGUCUAUGAUUUUGCAAUGCUUCUCUUUUGAAAUCUCACCAUCAUACACCCAUGCUCCUACAACUUUUAUAGCCCUUCAACCCCAACAUGGUGUCCCCAUUAUCUUACAUAAACUUUAA